CUUUGUAACUCUUUGCAGUCAGCAACUACUCAAGAUAGUAGUUUUGUAUCAUCUGUAAACUUUGCCACCUUACUCUUUACCUCCUUUCCCAGAUCAUGAAUGAAUAUGUUGAACAGUAUAUUCUCCAGUUGGGAUGGGUGAAGACCUUGGUAUUUGGUGGUUGUAGCCGGAAAGUGGGAUAUGUGUGAUGUCCUCAAUAGCAAUACCUACCAAAAAUUGGAGAGACCCCGGGUAAAACCUAUCGCUUUCAUAUUAGACAAGGGAAUGGGAGGUUUAAAACUCAUUUUGGAUACCCCUACUUCACUCAAAUAGCUGAAUUAAUAGUUGGAAGAAAAAAAUUUAUUUGUGAAAAGGAUCUGGGUGUUGAAUCUUUGUCUAGAGGCUAAGAACUUCCAAGGCACAAGUUGGUGUUGUCCUAGAGAGGCUUCAACCCAAACAGGUACAAAACUAAAUUUGACCUUCCUGAUAUUACUAAGAUGAAGGGAAAACCCCUUUGUUUAAGGUUGAAGCAGCCACCUUAUUUCUACAUGGUAUAGAAGUAAAAUAUUGGCACAAACCCAUUCUUUGCCUGCAGGCCAUCGUGACGUGAUCUGGAAGAUACUGAUGUUUGUCAGAAGACAUGCUUGUCUCUUUAAAGCAAUUUUUUCUUAGUCAUUUAGUAAGCUUGGCUAGCUUUCAGACAGCAGCCUUUUAAAAAUCUGUGUCUGACCUAUCAGGAAAUGUAGAAAACAGGAACUGAGGGUGCUUUUCUGAGGUCUGCAAGAAAUUUCAGCAAGGCCCCGGAAGAGUGAUGUCCUUUUGCAAAGUAGCUUCAUAAACUGGUUACCUCUUAAUCUUUCAGGAUCUCUGUGAAUCUACUGCUGUUCUAAUGGGAGCUACAAGAACAGUUAUCCAGGAAGCUUUAAAUAAUGUGGGAUUAUAUUAACAUAAAUCUCAAUAUAAUCUCAACUUCAUGAUUCAAUAUUUUAUAUCAAAUAAACAAGCAGCAGGUUGGCCUAAAAUGGAGGAACAAUUGAGAUGAGAUCAUCUCAACAAAUCUAAAGACAAACCUCAUUUCACCUUGGUUUUCUCUCAAUCAUCCCGCCACUGGGAGGUGAGGGGUGGGUUUAAUGACAAAGACCAAUGGGAGUCCUGACACUGGAUCCGUUGCAGAGACUGCUCUCCUAGCAGCCCUUGAAAAGAGCAGGAAAAGGAAAUCCCUGGAAAUGGCCUCUGCCAUGUUCCUCUCUUGUGUUCUAUGGAUCCUUUGUAGAGCCCCUGCCUCAAGUCAUCUCUGGUGCAUAUGUGCGCAGGUGUGUGCUCCUUAUGGAGCAAUGGAAGAGGAAUUCCCUCUCCCCAUCCAGCUGCUUUGAGGGAGAGGGAUAGAGAUGGGCUGCUCGGUGGCUUCUUGGCAUGGAGACCUCCAUCCAGUCUUUCUAAGGAAGAGAACCCCUUCCAACAGAGACUGGGGAAAGCAGUCUGCCUGAAAUUCUGUGGAUGAAGUCACAAAUCCAAAGGUGACAUCAUAGUUGAGUCUGUUGAUGGCCUUGGGCUGGCAGUCCCCAGUGGAUACACAGCAGGAACAGGGAGAAUGUCUACUUCUGAGAAACUGAGCAGCUGUUUGAUGGGCUCAGAGACUCAUAGGAUCAGUGUUCAUCCCUCUGUGGCAUGGGUAGACAACGAUUCUGAAGAUGAAGGAAGCCUUAAACAGUAUCAAAUGGGGCAAAAGCUCACUGGACUUCUGAGCAAAUCUGUCUCGAGCUGCUCAUCUCCCAAACAAAUACUGAAGUUCCCAGAAUCCACUGAUACCUCCCGUGCACAGCAAGUUGAGGACCAGAUCAAUUAUGAGCAUUUGCAAAAAUUGGAGCGAUCGUUCCGGGAAGCGGACUUAGACAAGGGUGGAGGGCUGGAUCUUAAGGAGUUCCGCAAGGCAAUGAAGAAGAUAAUGGACAAUAUUACGGAAGAAGAUAUUGAUGUCAUAUUUAUGAAAAUUGACACUGAUUGUGAUGGCUCCGUGGGCUGGGAAGAAUAUCUGAACUAUAUAUUGCGAGAGUACAGAGGAAAGGAUGACAUGCUGAAAAGCAAAUCUCCUCUGCUAUUUCAGACACCCAUGAAAAUCAUUCCAAUGAGCCAAGGCCAGGAAAUCAUCAAGGUGCAGUUUUUCCCAAGCCAGGGCCGGGCAAGGGACAGGGAUGAAAAGGCCAAGAAAAGUAGCAGUUGGAAUCUGUCAGGGCGAUUCCUGACGGUCAGCAGGGAUGGAAUCUUACUCUACUGGAGUGACACGUUCAAACUGCUCCGCACUGUCCAGCUUGACCAGUCUGGACGACGGCCCAGUCAGCAGAUGUGGGUCACUGACAUGGUGUGUCUGUCUAAUAUCAACCUGUUGGCGAUAGCAUCUACUGAUCAGAUUAUUGAAUUCUUUGAUAUCAGUGGCAACAAAUGUGACAGACUCUUUUCCCUCAUUGAGCUUGACAGCUGUGUUACGGCCUUGGAUUACUGGACAGAUGGGUACAAAGGAGUAUUUUGUGUUGGCGAUGUGAAAGGAAACAUUCUGAUCUUCACCUCGCUGGACGUUCUAGCAAAUGGGAUCUUCAACGUCCGUCACUAUAUAACUAAGCCAGGUGUCUUAGCCAGAAUCCCAGUGCAUCUUCUCCUGAAAGGAAAGGCCAGCCUAUACAGAAAUUUCCGAGUGCCGGCUCUCCAUGGGGACUGGUGCCACCAGAUAAAAUUCAUUCCUCAGCUCAAUCUUGUUGCCUCCUGCUCAGCAGCUGAUAAGAGAGCCAUGGUGUUUACUUCACUUCCACUACAUAUCAUGGGUAAACCCCAGUCAUCAACGAUUGCUUUAAAGAAGGGCAUUCUCUGCUUCGAUUAUUCACCUGAGAUGAACGUGCUUGUGACCGGGGGAUUGGAUCCACUGGUUAGAAUAUGGAAUCCAUUUGUUACCAACAGCCCCAUAACGCUGAUGAAAGGCCACGUUACUGCUGUGACUCACAUAAUAGUGAAUGGAAAGAGAAACACCAUCCUCAGCAUCUCCAAAGACAAAAAUAUCCGUGUUUGGGAUUUGCUGGAUCACUUUUGUCUCCAGUCCAUUCCUGGCAGGAGUAUCUCAUUAGGAAAUUGCCCGAUUGUUGAUGCCUAUUACAGCGCGUUAAACAAUAUGCUUAUCUGCACCACCUUCUCCAUUGGAAUUUUCUAUGGAGAGGUAGAAUUCAUGGAAACCAUUAACUCAGAAGUCACGUCCCAUGACCAGCCGCUAUGUACAGCCCUGUAUAACAGGAACUUCAAACAGGUGGUGAGUGGUUGCCAUCGUGGGAUGGUCAGAGUUUGGGAUAUCAUGACUGGGCAAAAGAUGAUGCAGUUUAUGACCUCAGAGGGCAAGCACACUGAAAUAACAGCAAUGGCUUUUGAUGGGCCGGAGAGACGCCUCAUUACUGCUUUGAAAGAUGGGACCAUCAAGUUCUGGAACUUCAACAAUGGGGCCUGUCUGCUUGAGAUGCCUCACUUGGAUAAAACUGAGAUCACUGGAAUUCUGUAUAUCAAUCUGAAGAUAUAUGUGACUGGCUGGAGUAAAAGAGUUACAUGGUACCUAGAUGUUAAAGAAGAUGAGGUAAUUGAAUACAAACACUGGAAAUCCUACCACUCAGAGGACAUCUUCUCUAUAGCCAAAUAUAACAGUCAACUCUUGGCUACCGCCUCAUGUGAUGGAGAUGUAGUGAUCUGGAGUACAGACUCGGGACAGGCACUCUGCAGGUUUAACGCAUCCCAGAGUCCUUUGACCCUUAUGCCAAACAGGGUGUUCACUGAGAGGAAGGAAGAUCCCAGCAGAGGAAAUAUCCCAAAGAAACCAUCAGUAUCCGUAAAGCUCAGCUGUUAUGCAGAGUCUGGGAAAAAGCGCUGGGCCGACUCGAGGACUAGCUUGGGAGCUAGGCUUUCAACUACCGAGAAUCCUUCCGUUUCCUCUUCUGGACCAUGCAGAAAUUUGGCUCCUGCUCCAUCUGUUAUAAGACAGUCCAGAGAAAAGCAACUGGAUGAAGCUAAAAGGCAGCAGGCAGCCCAGCCUCCAGGAGGGGAAAAUACUGACCUAGAAAGUGAUUCUCCCAAAGACCAAGAUGCUGCUGAAACCAGCAACCAAGAGCAACCCUAUCCAAAUUGGCAGGAAGAGUUGAAGGGCCUCCCAGCUGCUGUGGAAAAGAUACUUUUCCUGGAGACACGUGAGCAGUCUCCUGACACAGCCAUUUUGCUAACCAGCUCUGCAGGUGGCUACAUCUAUGCCUGGUCAGUCAGUAGUGACGGGGGGAUGUUGGGCAAAUUUCAGGCAGUACAUGGUGGUGAUGUAAAUGCAGUAGUCGGUACCAUGUCCACGGAUCCAGAGGACUUCAUCUUGUUGACUGGAGAUUCCCUAGGUUAUAUUAAGAUCUGGGAUAUCGAGAAUUACUGCAAAUCAAAAGAGGUAAAGAAAGUUUCCAGGGCAGGAAAGACAGAAACAUCUCGUAGAAAUGAGAACAUGUUUCGUCACCUAAUUCCAAAAUACUGUAGAGUUCCUGCCAGAAAAAAUCCAUCGAUGGAAACUAAUGAGGUCCUGGAUGGCUGGAGUAUCACCCUCGUCCCCCCAGAUCUUCUAAACUCUUGGAGGGGUCAUCUGAAGAAUGUAUCCCACAUUGUGUAUGUGGAAAAGCUCAGACUGAUUGUCACGUCCAGCUAUGACUGCAACGUCAAACUCUGGAUGCUCUCAGGCAGGCACAUAGGGACCUUUGGGCAGUCGUUGUGGAACGUUGGGCUGCAGUAUCUGAGGCCAGCUGAGGUGCCAUCGGAAAUCCGAAGAGUUGGUUCCACUCAAACCCUGAAAGUGCUCAAUGAGGGCAAGUUCCCUCACUGGGAAGGUACGCGAAGCAUCAUGCACACGCUUAGCCAGCAGAGGAGGCAGCAGUCCAUGAUGACGAAUUUAUUGCACGGAAAAUCAGGCCUAAUCUCAGAUGUUAAUCUGAACUUCCAAAAGAUGAUCCAGAAAGAGAAGCGACUCACCCGUUACAUGGAUGAACAAAUUGAGGCUGAGUGGCACCAGUGGGAAGAGAAGGGGAAGCUGAAGAGUGAGAUCCUGGGCUCCUUCUACAAGCAAAAAGUGAGGCGUCAUUUGUCUGAAUUCCUCCCAGAUGUAAAGGCCUGUGUUACCCACAAAGAGCAGGCCAGGGUCUAUCACUGUAUCCAGUAUGCUGAUUUGCAGGAUGUCACUCCCCCUCCAAUUCCUGAGAUGUUGGUAGAGAUGCAACAAUUUCAAGUAAACUUUAGGAGAAAAUCAAGGUCAGGAAAAAGCAUAUCUGCUGCCAUUUCUCACAAGCUAAAUCUGAAAACCUGUCAACAAAGUAAACUGUCUUCACGCACAAAAGACUGAACUUUACUGAAAGAAGCUCAUCUGGUCCUUUUGAAAUAGAUUGACCUGUAACAGGAAAAAAAUGUGUAGGAUAUGUGAAAAAACAAACUCUGUUUUCUUAACAGAUGCUAGCAUCUGUACAAUAUAUAUGCAUCAUUUAUAGUUUGUAAUCGUCUUAGACAUUCUAGCCAUCUGUUUUUAUAAGUGUUAGAAACUAUUUCUGAACAGGUAACAUAUUUGAGAAAAUGCUGGAUCUUGCAAAUAAAGGUAACAUUUAUUUUAUGUGCUCGUGUGGAGUUUAAUGCACUGCAUGUUUUUCUUAGGGAAUGAGUCAUGGAGCCUUGAAAUGUUGCCAGUUGGAGUAAUUCCAACUGUUAAAUGCACCUUGUGGAAGAGGUGCAGGAAACCAGGAUGGAAUGUUUCACAGAGCUCGCAAUACCAGAAUGCAGCAGGCUUCAUAAAAAAGUUAGGGUUGGCAGCUUCUAGAUACACAGUACAUGUCAAUGGUAGAGUUGUCCUGGGUAUGUAGGGAGGUGCCCUCUGCUCCCAACAGUUAAUGUAAUCUAUAAUCACGAGGAAA